CUAGCUCGGCCCUGCUCGGCCCUGCUCGGCCACCUUGCUCACCCAGCUCCUUCCACGUGAACCAGAAACUCUGCAGGAAUACAACGCAUGCGUAACACAACAGUAACAUGCCAAACCGGAAGACGUGUCACAUAACUCCCGAGUGAUUCAUCAUCUUGAAAACACGAUCUUUGCUGCAACUCUUCUGACAGCUAGCAAGCAAGUCUUCAGCGCUCUAAACAAGCUGCCCUCUUACAGAGCUUGGGUGUACAGGAGAGGGAAGGGGAGAGCUGUAACCCUGGUCUCCUCAGCCCACCCUGAGUAAACCAGCCCGCCAUGGAUGACAGCUCCUCCUUGGGAAAAGUCAGCAGUUCUACUGAAUCUGUGGCCACCGUCACCAGUGAGGAGUUUGUUCUGGUACAGUCCAGUGCUGCUGGGUCACCACAGGGCUCUGAGGGCAAACCAAGACUCAAGAUGUCUUGGAAUGGGAGUGAGCAGUUGGAGAAAGCUAUGGAGGAGGUUUUGGAUGAUGACGACGACGAUGAUGAUGAUGAGGUGAAGGUGGAAAAGAGCAGUGUAGAAAAGAUGGAGAAACACAAGGACCCAGAGAGCCGACUUUCAGAACCAUGUCCAGUGCCAUCCAGUCCCACAGUCCUGGAAGAGGACAGUGUCCAGUUCAGCAAACUCUCCUACCUGGGCUGCACCUGGGUCAAAGCCCCUCGCAGUGAAGCAGAGGCACAGAGGGCCAUGGCCACCCUGCGAGCUGAAAGUGCCAUCCCCAUCCCCAUCACCCUGCAUGUACCCUGCGGUCCAGAUGGCUCUGUCAGGAUUGUGGACCAGGCUUCAGGUACAGAGAUCGCCUCCUUUCCCAUCUACAAGGUGUUGUUCUGUGCUCGUGGACAGGAAGGCUCACCGGAGAGUGACUGUUUCUCUUUCACCGAGAGCUACCGGAGUUCUGAGGACUUCCAGAUUCAUGUCUUCUCUUGCCACAUUAAAGAAGCUGUCAGUCGUAUCUUGUACAGUUUCUCCACAGCCUUUCGCCGUUCUUCUCGGCCGGCAGACAUUCGGGACUCGGCAGCAUCCAGUCCGCCCGACAGUGACCUCUACACCUUUACUGUCUCACUGGAGAUCAAAGAGGAUGAUGGCAAGGGCAACUACAGUCCAGUGCCUAAGGACAGAGAUAAGUUCUACUUCAAGCUGCGACAGGGUAUACAGAAGAAGGUUGUAAUUUCAGUUCAGCAAAUGUGCAACAAGGAGCUGGGCAUUGAGAGGUGUUUUGGGAUGCUGCUAAGUCCAGGACAGAAAGUGUCUAACAGUGACAUGCAUCUACUGGACAUGGAGUCGAUGGGGAAGAGCUCGGAUGGGAAGGCCUAUGUCAUCACAGGAAUGUGGAAUCCCAACAUGACAGCCUUCCAGCCACUGUAUGAAGACACACAUAAAGAUAAGCAAGUCUACAUAACAGUGGCAGUGGACCUGGUAGUGACUGAAGUGGUGGAGCCAGUUCGCUUUCUGCUGGAAACUCUGGUCAGGGUCUAUUCAUCAAAUGAACGCUUCUGGUACUUCAGUCGAAAGACCUUCAGUGAGACCUUCUACCUCAAACUCAGACAGCAGGCACCAGAGAGGGUGGGCCAGAGCGACGCUGUGUAUGAGGUGGUGAGUCUUCAGAGGGAGGCAGAGAGAAACAAUGAAAGGAGAGGUCAAGUGGCCUCGCCCUUUGAGGAUGAGGAGGCUGAUGAAGAUAGUGACAGCGAAAUCUCAAGUGGGACCGGAGACGUUUCCAAAGACUGUCCUGAGAAAAUCCUAGAGUCCUGGGGAGGAAUCCUCCACAGAUGGCAUGGGAACCUGUCCGCUCGUCCGAAGGGUUUGCCUUCGUUGGUUCGCAGUGGUAUUCCUGAGCCGCUCAGAGCUGAAGUCUGGCAGCUGCUGGCUGGUUGCCAUGACAACCACGAUAUGCUUGAGCAUUACCGCAUUCUCAUCACUAAGGACUCAGCCCAGGAAAGCGUCAUUACCCGGGACAUCCACCGCACCUUCCCUGCACACGAUUACUUCAAGGACUCAGAUGGAGAUGGUCAGGAUUCACUGUACAAGAUCUGCAAGGCCUACUCUGUCUAUGAUGAGGAAAUUGGUUAUUGUCCGGGUCAGUCAUUCCUUGCUGCUGUUCUCCUGCUACACAUGCCAGAGGAGCAGGCCUUUUGUGUGUUGGUGAAAAUCAUGUACGAGUAUGGCCUCAGAACUCUCUACAGAAACAACUUUGAGGAUCUUCACUGCAAGUUCUACCAGCUGGAGAGGCUAAUGCAGGAACAAAUUCCAGACCUGUGGUCCCACUUCCAGGAGUUAAACCUGGAGGCUCACAUGUACGCCUCCCAGUGGUUCCUCACCCUCUUCACUGCCAAGUUCCCCCUGUGCAUGGUUUUCCACAUCACUGACCUGCUACUCUGUGAGGGUCUUCACAUCAUCUUCAAUGUAGCACUGGCCCUGCUUAAGACAUCUAAAGAAGACCUCUUGCAGGCAGACUUUGAAGGAGCUCUGAAGUUCUUCAGAGUCCAGCUCCCCAAACGCUACAGAGCUGCGGAGAAUGCCCGAAGGCUCAUGGAGCAGGCCUGCAACAUCAAGGUGCCAACCAAAAAGUUGAAGAAGUUUGAGAAGGAAUAUCAGACACUGAGGGAGAGCCAGCUCCAACAAGAAGACCCCAUCGACCGAUACCAGAGGGAGAACCGUCGUCUUCAGGAGGCGAGUAUGCGACUGGAACAGGAGAAUGAUGACUUGGCCCACGAACUGGUCACCAGUAAGAUCGCCCUUCGGAACGACCUCGACCAGGCAGAAGACAAGGCUGAUGUACUGAACAAAGAGCUGCUGAGCACCAAGCAACGUCUGGUGGAGACCGAGGAGGAAAAGAGACGACAGGAGGAGGAGACGGCUCAGCUGAAGGAAGUUUUCAGGAGGGAGCUGGAGAAAGCGGAGAUGGAGAUCAAAAAAACCACAGCGAUCAUAGCUGAAUACAAACAGAUCUGCUCCCAGCUGAGCACCAGGCUGGAAAAACAGCAGGCAGCAACAAAGGAAGAGCUGGACAUCGUCAGGAGUAAAAUAAUGGGUUGUGAGCACUGUAGAGACCUGUUCAGCACCCUGGGCUCCCUUCAGACAUCGUCCCCUGACAGGGACAGGACAUCCACCGAGCCACAGGACGAGGAAAAGGACGGGCUGAAGGAGCAGCUGAGGCAGCUGGAGCUGGAGCUGGCCCAGACUAAACUGCAGCUGGUGGAGGCCAAGUGCCGCAUCCAGGAGCUCGAGCACCAGCGGGGAGUCCUGAUGAAUGAGAUCCAGGCAGCCAAGAACUCGUGGUUCAGCAAGACUCUGGGCUCUCUGAAAAGCUCUGCCUCCUCGUCGUCCAGCUCCACAUCCCAGACCCCGUCCUCUCCGAAGGAAGGCCCCGCCUAGACAGCCUUCCCUCCCGUUGUCCUUCUCUUGAAGGAUGCACACUAGAGCUAAGGAACAGAAGAAACAAGCAGCAGAGAAACGCGGUAUUCCUUUUUCAGCCAGGGGUAAAGCAGAGCUCAACAGCUUCUUGGACUGCAAGGAACAGGCGGGGGACUGGAUCAGCUUCCUGUCUUUCUCAUUAUGUUUACAUUCGUGUGUCUUUUGACCUUCUCUGCUUCACAGGUGAUGAGAGAGGUGAGAGGUAAUUAGUGAGCUCUGAAGCUGAUUUAAAGGUUCAGGUGCGUUGCUGACACUGUUCCGUUGAGUUGGAUGUCUACGCUCUGAUUAUGCACCAACAGUGGUCAUGUAGGUCAAUAAUUUAGCUCCACCUUGUGGACAGACGUUGCUACUGUGGAGUUACAGCAAUUUAUCUGCAUAAGAUUGUUUCUAGCUAGCUGAGAAUUAAACCUGCAUUCAGCCUCACAGGAAGGAUAGUAUUUUGAAUGAUAGUGAUACAGUUCCAUCACAUAUACUAAAAUCUACACAGUGUCAAAGCCACCACACUGAAAAAGGAAUACUGCAUCCAGAGUUUUAAACAAGAACAAAAAGCUGUUUCUUAAUAGUAAUAUAAUGUAAACAAUGUUGUCUUAUACAUAUGUAUAACUAAUUAUUGAUUUUUAAUCAAAUUGUACAGUUCUUGAAGAGAAGAAAAGGAAAAACACAAGGAGAUUAUCUUUUUUUUCUACAGUCUGAAAUUUGAAUGUCAUCUCUAGAUGUUGACGUAAGCACAGUGUGUGGUCGAUUUGAUCAAGUCCAAACGCUGACGAGCCAAAGUGACAACGCGCAAAGAUUUGAUUUGUUCCUACUGUUCUUCCAGUGAUGGUUAAACUGACUUGAGGUUUGUAAUCUCCCCUCUGAAUUUCGCUGAUUUGAAUUGUUAAAAUCCCAGCUCAUGCUUGUUGGUAUUUAAGAGGCAUUUUUACUUUUUGUGCGCAGAUUUGAAACGGGCAAUCAUCGUUUUUUGAAAGUGGUCAGCUGUGAUCACAACAGAAAUAGGCGCGCUCUUCCCAUUUUGUUUCAUAACUUUUAUACUUAUUUUCAUUUUAUUU